CCCAUCAUAUAGAAUCCAACAAAAUUUAGCAAUUUCACCUCCCACCCCAUCUCCAACAUCAGCUCCAAUGGCUACUCUGAGCUACAUUUCAGUGACUUCAGCGACAACACCCAUCUCCCAAAACUCCUCACCAACACCACCGCCACAAAUUCCAAUCCCAAGACCGACCAAACUGAUACUGCCCAAAAAGAAGCCUUUGGAAGGGUCCACUGGGACUGGGGCGGCACCUGUGGAGUAUGCAGGUCCACCUACCACAUCUGGCCUCCGCAAGUAUUGGGGAGGUGAAGAAGAAGACCCUUUAACCUCUGAUGAGUUUAUUUGGAACAAAGACUUCAUGGGCCGUAUGGCGAAAUUGGUUCAGGACCCUGAUGUGUCCUCUCUUGAACCCACUCCGGUUAAGGAAGAAUCUUCUGGUUAUCUUAGUUUAAACAGAGUCAUGAGUUUGGAUAACUUGGAAGUUGAUUUGAGCAAAGAGCUUACACACAUUCCAAAGCCAAUGUCAGGACUGCCAGUUGAGGCCGCAAUCAAGGGAAGAAUUGGCAACUCUAAAAAAUGGAGAUUGGUACCAACACGCCGUGAGCAGGAGAAGUGGGAUAAAGCAACGAAGGCUGCAACUGGCGGCAGUGAUGUGAUAUUGCGGGAAACAAAGAGGCCUGAAGGUGAUCCUGUAUUAUUGGCUGCUCAAUCAAGGGAGCAGUAUUUUAAGUUGAAGAAGAUGUUGCAGAUUCUUACCUUGGGUAUAGGUGGUGUUGGAUUGGUCUCGGCUUAUAUCUCUUAUUCUCCAGAAAUUGCUGCUAGUUUUGGUGCUGGAUUGAUUGGAUCUUUAGUGUAUAUACACAUGCUUGGGAGUAGUGUUGAUUCCAUGGCAGAUGGAGCCAAGGGCCUCAUCAAGGGGGCAGUUAGUCAGCCAAGGCUGCUAGUUCCGGUUAUCUUGGUCAUGAUAUAUAACCGGUGGAAUGAAAUCCUUGUUCCAGACUAUGGAUUAAUGCACUUGGAAUUGAUACCAAUGCUAGUAGGAUUUUUCACGUACAAGAUUGCAACUUUGGUUCAAGCUAUGGGGGAUGCAUUUAAUGUAACUGUUGAAAAGACAAGUUUAGAAGAAUUUUAAUAUGCAGGGUGUAGCAAUUCUGACAUGAUUGCAGAGGUAUUGUGUUUCAGUUGCUGCUACAUACACAUUGGCGUUUGGCUACUGAUUUCUGGACCAUUUCUUUGGCGUUGCUUGAUUUUGGCGAUGCAGUGGAAAAUGAUUGGCACUGGGGAACAGAUAGAAUUAGAAUUAUCUUGUGUUAUAUAUAUGAUUUGUAUAGAGAAAAAUAUAUUAUUUUACAUUCUAAAGUAGGUUGGAGAACUAUAAUUAAAAAUCGAGCUUAACUUGAAAAUGUUGUUUUAUCAGA